UAUAUUCACCUGUUAGAAGGCCACAUAGUAGAGUCAGUGUUAGACUGAAGUCUGCUGGCCGACGAGCGUCUGCUCUUAGUCUGUGUCGACAUGUAGGGUACAAGAGCAAGAAAUUACUAACUGAGAAGGAUCAUUGAACUAUUAUAAACGCUGGUACUUUGCUUUUUAAUCGGCUCAGAUUCGUUGGGAUUGGUUCCAGCCGCACAAUAUCUUAAUCAUGGCACCGAUCAGCACCGAUCUGGUGGGCUGGGCAGUGUCAGAGACACCAGAAGCUGCAUUCCUCUCCAUCCUCAUCGUCUUCAUCCUCAGCAUCGCCUUGCUCCUUAUCUGCACAACCUGUAAAAAACAUUCAUUUCAGUUAGAGGAAAAGGCACCUAAGGAGAAUUCAUCAACACUUGUUAGAGUGGAAGCAAAGGGGGAUGGGGCCAGACACAACCCUGCUGUUAAUGAAAUCACCAGUGAUGAAAUUGGAAACUUAGAAAUCGCUAAAGAUGCACUCGCCUACAAACCCUACAGAAGUCACACUCUCACUCCAGGAUCGAGUCUGCAUGGUGAAAUGAACGGCAAUGCUGAAGUUUCAGUACAAUAUUAGGGUGUCUAAUAAAGUGCUUUUAAAAUAGUUUAUAUACAAGGUUUCCACCUUUUUCAUAGAAAAUCAUUGGAAAUUUCCAUUGCUAAAAAGUUUUUCACCAUCCUGUAUAUAAACUCAAAGUUGCAUUCCAGCGAAAUGUCACAUGACAAUACAAACACAAUUGUGUCUUUCUUAUAUUGUUUUAAUUUCAGGUGACUAAAAUGACUUCGCUGUCAGUAGGUGUAAUAUCGCAGCAGCUAUAAAUAUACGUUCAAUGGUGGAAACAAGCCUGCAGUUUUCCUCCAUCUUUACAUGUUACCUGAAAAUGCUUUAGUAAACCAACAGUUGGAGACAAACAGUUUCCAGACUAACCAAACCGGACACAUCCUGCUAUGUGCAACUGCUGUUGACUAUAGAAACUAUAUCUUGCAAAGACUAAGCUCAAUCAAUGCAACAUUUCGGACAACGUCUUUCCCCCUCAGGAGAAAGAUCCAGAUCUUCUCGUCACUCCUGUUUGGGAGACUCCUUCUGAUAGGGAUCACUAUUCAGGUGGUCACCGAUUUAAAUGCGAUAUAUUCCACACUAAACAAGAACAUCAAGUGUACCCCUCUCCAUCUCCACACCCACCUGAGGUGGGAUGAGGUGGACGAAUCAUCAUCACUCAGAAAUAAACGAAAGAAACCCUUUUUAUAGGCUAAUGAAAUUAAGUACUGUUAAACUGUUCUGUUUUUACAUUCAUUCUUAGAUUAACUUAAUCCCUGAGGUUGACUGGUGUGUAUCUUUUUACUUUUAUUGUGAGUGUUUUAGGCUUUACACAAUGUAUUAGUUUUAGUGGGUACGAGGGAAGUUUUUAACUGUUUUUAUGUUAUGUUCGACCUAUCCAUAUCCACAUAUCCACACCAAAAAUGAAGCAUGAUAAUAGAAUAGAAUAUACUUCAUUGUCAUUGUACAGCUGUACAACAAAAUUUUUGCUCUCCAUACAAAAAAUUAAAAUGGGAACAUGUACACAUACACAUAUAUAAGCAAAGAUAUAUAGCAUAGCAAAGAAUAGGGAGUGAAGACAGUAAAAACUAGUAGUGCAAGUAUGCAUGUGAUGUAAACAAGUCCAUGCUGUUAUAGUGCAAGUAUGCAUAUGAUGUAAACAGAGUCGAUCAAUACAAUAGUAAUGCAAGAAUGAUAUGAUGUAAACAAAGCCAAUACUGUAGUAGUGCAAGUAUGCAUUAUGUAAAUAAAAUAAAUGUUGCAU